UCCGCUUUACGUCUGGUAUAAGACUAACAGCUAUGUUACUGUCACUCUUAUUUUUGCUUCUGUUGCAAAGAGCAGUUCAUUCUCAAACUUUCUCCUUUUUUAGUUCCGGAUUUUACCCAGGACUGCAAGUUGACUCCACUGGGAGAACAUUCAUUGCUGCAGACAACUACCUGUAUAGACUGAAUGCACAGCUAAUACAAGAGGAGACAGUUGAUCUAGGAGCUACUAUCAUUGCUAGCAAAGCACUGGCCCUGAGCUCUACUGGGAUGUUGGUAGUGUGUUUAGAUGAUCUCUCUUGCUCUGUGUACAAUGCAAGCAACCUCAGUGCUGGUCCUAUCAGGAGAGUCAGUAAUGCUAUUCGGGGAGAUAUUAGAUUUGGAGUAGCUAUAUUUACGUCAGGAGACAGUUUCUACACUGGAGCAAUAACUGGAACUGGUAUAGGUCAGGGAAUGGUACUGCAACAAUUUGGAGAGGAGUUCAGUAGAUCUUCUGAAAACAAUCCAUCAGAUAUGCGUAAUGAACUGGUAUUUAAGAUUCCCUUUGGACGACAAUUCUAUUCAUAUGGUGGUUUUGUGAGUAGUGGAUUUGCCUAUUAUGUUGUCGUCGACUAUCAUCCUGUUAGUGCACGAGCUAUAAGACUGUUACGUGUUUGCAACCUGCCUGAUUGUGGAGGCCUAAGUACCUGUGGAGUGACCGCUUUGUAUGAACUUCAAAUUAAUUGUGGCUUUCAGUCGAUCGCUGAAAAUACUGUUGUGUGUGCAGUGUCAUUAGUGGAGGAUUUCAGUGGGAUAUCUGGACCCAUUGCUGUUAUAAAUCUUUGCGUGGGUACUAACUCUAUUUGUGUAGUCAAUAUCACUGCUGUCAAUGAAGCUAUGGAUGCUAAAUAUGACUCUUGUAUUGUGUCACGGACUGUUGGAGAAGAAAUAGGUUUAGCAUGGAAAACAGGUUCCUCAGAAAGCUGCGAUACUCUGCCUCAGCCUCAGAUAACUAUGGACAGAUGUGACACAACCAGUCCAGUUGGCCUUAUCCUUCCAAAUGAUGACAUUGACCUAAUAGCACCACUUCGUAUCUACUUCGGAAACAGUCUUGUGCCCGUUGCUUCAGUAGCUGUGAAGCUGGAGCAGUUUUCCUUUGUGUUUGUUGCAAUGUACAAUGAUAAUAGAAUACUAGGAUAUGAUGUCAGUGGUACAUCUAUCCUGGAUGCUAAUAGUUAUUUCUACAAUCUUCCAGUGACACCUGGUGUGUAUCAUUUGUCAUGGAAAGAGGGACUGAACUACAUCACAGCAACCACUCAAAACUCUGUGUUCCAAGUAUUCAUAGAGCAGUGUUCCCAGCAUAUAAACUGUACCAGUUGUACCAAUGACCCCUGCCCACUGUGUGGGUGGUGUAUAGUGGAGAACAAGUGCUCUCGUCGUUCACAGUGUCAGAAAACUCAUCUCUCCAUUAGAUGGUCACAGGACAAUGCCAGCUGUUUUACUGCUGCUACUGUGGGCUCCAAGUGCUCAGAAGUAGAAAGCUGUAAGGAUUGCCUUGGGCUGAAUAGUCUGUGUGGAUGGUGUAACCUCAACAAGCAGUGCAGAGGAACAUCAGCUUCUUGCAAGAAUGUAUCUCACUUCCUACAGGUGUCUGGAGGCAACAACUUCACUACUGUGUGCCCCCUGUUGGACACAUCCCCCUCUGGUGGGUACACUCAACCAGUAAGGGUGGCCCAGGACUUUCGACUGACCACCAGGAACCUCAUACCCGCCACUGAUGGCUUUGAGUACUAUUGUCUUAUGAAUGGAGUUAGUCUGACAGCUCAGUAUGAGAACGAGAGCUCCAUCUUGUGUACAGUGAGUAGUGGGCAAUGGAAUGAAGAGGAUCGCUUGUACUGUUUGUCACAAUAA